CAUAUCCCUCAUAUACCCAUAUCAUCAGAACUCAAAAGCUUCCACCUGAACAGAGAGAAAUUAAUUGAUGGCAGCUUAUCGGUAUUUCCUCCUUUUAGGCUGCAUAAGCUUUGUUUUCAUUGGCUUUCAUGGGUUGCUUCCCGUUCCAGAUAAGUCUCCAAUAAAGAAGUACCACUUUGAUGUCCAAGUGAGCAAUGUGAGUAGGCUGUGCCGUGCAAAGGCCAUUGUAACUGUGAAUGGCAGGUUUCCAGGGCCAACUAUCUAUGCUAGAGAGGGCGAUAGGGUCAUUGUGAAUGUUACCAAUCAUUCCCAGUACAAUAUAUCCAUCCAUUGGCAUGGGGUGAAGCAAUAUCGAAAUGGAUGGGCCGACGGACCGGCAUAUAUAACACAAUGUCCGGUCCAGACCGGCAAUAGCUACAUUUAUGACUUCAAAGUCACAGGACAAAGGGGAACUCUUUGGUGGCAUGCACAUAUCCUUUGGCUCCGAGCGACUGUCUAUGGCGCCAUUGUCAUAAUGCCCAAACAAGGAACCCUUUUUCCUUUCCCACAGCCAGACAGGGAAGAAGAAAUCUUGUUAGGAGAAUGGUGGAAUGCGGAUGUUGAAGAAGUUGAAAGGCAAGGAGACAGCUUGGGCUUGCCCCCGAAUGUGUCAGACGCGCACACGAUCAAUGGAAAGCCAGGGACUCUUGUUUCAACUUGUUCUGAGAAACAUACUUUUGCCAUGGAGGUUGAAUCAGGGAAGACGUAUCUCUUGAGAAUAAUCAACGCAGCCCUCAACGACGAGCUCUUCUUCGCUAUCGCCGGCCACAACAUGACGGUGGUGGAGAUUGAUGCUGUCUAUACAAAGCCAUUCACCACUCGGGCCUUGUUGAUCGGACCAGGCCAGACAACAAACGUUCUGGUUCAAGCCAACCAGGCGCCGAGCAGAUACUUCAUGGCUGCCAGGCCUUUUAUGGACGUGCCAAUCGCAAUCGACAACAAAACCGCAACCGCUAUUCUGCACUACAAAGGCAUCCCAGAAACUGUUCUUCCUCUUCUCCCCCAGCUGCCCGCGCCAAACGACACUGCAUUCGCAUUAGCAUACAACGAGAAGCUCCGGAGCCUGAACUCUCCAGAGUUUCCAGCCAAAGUUCCCUUGAAAAUCGAUCGCAGCCUCUUCUACACCAUCGGUUUGGGGAGAAAUCCUUGCCCAACGUGCGUGAAUGGAACCCGCUUAACGGCUUCUCUGAACAAUAUCUCCUUUGUGAUGCCAAAGGUUGGGCUUCUUCAAGCUCAUUACCACAAGAUCAAGGGAGUUUUUGGAACUGAUUUUCCGGACCAGCCUUCCACACCUUUUAACUACACUGGUGUGCCGCUCACGGCAAAUCUGAAAACUUCCCGAGGAACAAGCCUUACGAAGAUUGCCUACAACUCCAACGUUGAGUUGGUUUUGCAAGAUACCAAUCUUCUCAUAGUUGAGUCACAUCCCUUCCAUCUUCAUGGCUAUAACUUCUUUGUUGUUGGAACUGGGGUUGGCAACUUUGAUCCUGCAAAGGACCCCGCCAAGUACAACUUGAUCGAUCCUCCCGAGAGAAAUACAGUCGGGAUUCCCACCGGUGGCUGGACUACAAUUCGGUUCAGAGCUGAUAAUCCAGGGGUUUGGUUCUUGCACUGUCACCUGGAACUCCACACAAGUUGGGGGCUGAAAACGGCAUUGGUGGUAGAAGACGGACCAGAAUCGGAUCAAACCGUAUUGCCUCCGCCCAAAGAUCUUCCUCCAUGCUAGCUGCUGGCUAAAGAACAGUUUCCUUGUGCUUCUUGCAAAAGUAGCAAGAGGUUUCAUGAGAUUCUUAAUGGAAGAGAAGUGAAAAAAAGUGUACGAGUGACAACCGAAGAUAAAAGAUAUAUCCAUCUUUGGAAUCAAAGUGUAUAUAUAUAUAUAUAUAUAUAUAAUCCACAAUAUAAGUUCUAAUGAAUUGUUUUAACCUCUGUUGUGUUUCCUUCGAAUGCUCUU